UGCAAUGGCGCUGAUGGUGCUGAUGGUUGGAGGAAUGCCAAGGAACGUAACUCAAUUUCGUACCCCGAGGAAACACCGUGUUAGGCUGCAAGGCGCUGUAAUGCACUGUAAGGCAGCAACACCUGAUUCUCCCCAUCCCAAACUCACGACGUCAACUCGUCCUUCCAUGUCCAUCUGAUAUCUUACCUCAACCAUCCACCCGUGAAUCCCUUUCGCAUUGCCCCCUGUUCAAUCCAAAUCCCUUCAAGCACGAAAUCACCCCUCAGCUACCCCCAUCAACCUAUCGACAAACAUGGCUUCCCAAAUCGCCACCCGUGAAGCCGAAAUCAAAGAAUAUGAAGAACAGCUCGAAACCGUCCUCUCCGCCUUACAAGGCGACUCCGAAAGCGCCGAACUCAAUACCCUAAAAGACGAACUCAACCAAAUCCUCGCCCUCCAACGCGACGAAGUCGCCGAACUAAAAGCCACCGCCGCCUCCGAACCCGCCAAACCCCCCUCCUCCAAAGACAAAUGGACCCGCGACCCCGGCCCUGAUGUCAGCCACCGAAAACCAGACACCCCCCACCCCACCGACCAGCCCUCUCCCGCCAUCACCUACGCCGUCAACGACCCCGUCCUCGCCCAAUGGACCUCCGGCGACCGCAAAUUCUACCCCGCGCGCAUCACCUCCAUCACCGGCUCCGCCGCCGCUCCCGUGUACACCGUCGUCUUCAAAUCCUACAACAACACUGAAACGGCGCGCGCACACGAGCUAAAACCCCUACCGACGGCCCACGCCGGACGGAAGCGCAAGGCGGAGGAGGCGGCGCUACCAGCGGACAACGCGAACGUCAUCUCAGCGGCGGCGGCGAUUGAUCCGGAGUUGGCGAAGGAGGCGAGGAAGGUAAAGGCGCGGAAGGAGCUGGAGGCGUCGAAGUCGAAGUGGCAGGAUUUCAAUGCGAAGGGGAAGUUUGGGAAGGGGAAGAGGAAGGAGAGUAUGUUUCGGACGGGGGAGGGGGUUAAUGCGAGAGUUGGAUUCACAGGCUCGGGACAGGCGAUGCGGAAGGAUCCGUCGAGGAGUCGGCAUAUCCACGAAUACGGCGAAGACGAAUACUAAACCCGUCACAUCAACACGGCGGUUCCGUCUAUUAAUGGCAGUCCGAGUAUCGAGUUGGCCGUACCGAGUUUCAGGGCGAAUCUCCAUACCUCCCUUCGUCUCUUUCAUUCUCAUCAAA